AAAGAUUACAACAUAAGAUGAAUCAGUUUUCGUUAUACGAAUCAUCAGCAUGCCCCAACAUCACCAAGUGAGCAUUCAAUCAGCAACACCGCAAUCGUCAACAAACACGAGUUAUAAUUGAGGCUUGCAAUCUUUGCCUGUUUCUCUAGUUCAGCAUAUACAGACUAAUUCUGCAGAAUCUGUUGUUAGAAAAUGCAGAGCUCUGAGAAUGGGGUCGAAUCAAGAAACGAAGUUGCGGAAGGUGAACAACAUAUAUUGAAUUUCUUGGACUCGGUGGAUUCUUACCUAAUCCUUAUGGAUUCCUUAUCUUCAGCUCUUCGCCAGGGAUGGUUGGAGCUAGCUAGUGCUCGACAUUCGAUGGGUGCUUCGCGUGUCAACUGUGCUUUGUUUGACCUCAAAUCUCACCAUGCUUCAACAACAGUGCAAGUAAAUAAUGAUUUGCCGCACUUCAAAUUGUGCAAAUGGGCUUCCUCAGAUGAUCCUGAAAAGUAUUCUGAGGAAGGCAAAUUUGAGGAGGAUGAACUGUUCCAGAACAAGUCUGACGGCCCACGACAUCGGCAUCAGGAACUUCAGGAGAAAAGGACAGAAGAAGGUGGUGCAUCUCCAGUUGGCACUGAUAAUCAGAUCCAGAAACUAUUUUUGCAGGCCCAGAAAGAAAGAUUUAAAACACUAUCGAUGUUUGGAACUCUUGUCUCUCCUAAGCUUCGUGCAACCCAACUAUCAUUUGAGACAGCUCUCGAAAUGCUGGUAGAGAUAUCAAAUACACGAGCUUCUUUGCUGCAUGCUUAUGAUCAAGUGCAGAAGGAUCGGACGAACCCCAAAUAAUUAUAGCUGGUUUCUCCACGUAGCUGUAGUUUAAUUAUUAGCUUAUCUUUUCUCCAUUUUUUUAGUAAAACUACUGAUCACUUAUUCAGGCACACGAUCCUGGAUUAGACAUUUAGGCUCCACACCUCUGUACUUGCGCAAAGUGAAGUGCCUAAAACAAGCUUUGUUCUGAUAGUGUUCUUUUCAAUUUGCGCUUUAUGUCAGAAAGAGCCAGAUAUGUAGAAACCAGUAUCUUGUCUUUUUCAGGUCGAUCGAAGGUUUUCUAUUAGCAUGAGCUAUCUUCUAGGGAUUCCGUACAACUAAUAAGUCGUAGCUGAGUGAAUAGAAAGCAAUGCUUUCUGAAGCCCCCUUUUGUACUUUUAAUGACUGUUUUCCUCAUAUUGUUCCGGGGUUUUGUCGAAUGAUAUCUAGUCACAAGCACUUGAUGACUAAUAAACAAAGUGAUUAGACAUCAAAGAUCAGCUGUUCUCAUGCUGAAACUUGUUCGAGGUUCUGAUUGCUACUGCGAUAAUGAGGGUGGACGGACUAGUCUUUUGUCAGAAAAACAUUUCACGGAGGAUUGAGCAAGAAUCUUGUUAAGGAAGCUGUCCAUUCCUGAGAAACUAAGGAAUGUAGCAAGGGUCAACCUUUUGUCUAUAUUCGUUACUCGUUCUUUAUUAGCUCUCGCUCGAGGUUAUUAGUUUAAGGACAAGAAUUACAUCAUUAUGAGCUUCUUUCUUUAUGUUGUUCCUGUUGGAGCUUCCUUAAGGGGUUCUAGGAUGUGAUGAAGUACUUGCUAGAGGAUCCUUUCAUAGCUGAACUUGUAUUACCAUACUCCAAAUGCAGUCUUUUUAUGUUUGUUAUAAGUCGAGUGGAUCUUUAGUAU